AUGCUGCGCACACCCCUCAACUCCUCCUGCCUCCCUCCCGCUCAUGCCUCCCCCUCCCUCCUCCUCGACUCGCACACCCUCGCCUCCCUCCUCUCAGACUCCGAGCUGGACCUCGCCCUCCUCAAAGUACUCCUCGGCUCGUCAUGGUCCGACCUCCUCGUCACGCUCCUUCUCGUCGCCAUCGUAUGCAGGCGCCUCGCUGAGACGGUCGGGGAGCUGCUGCUGGACGACGAGGACAAGGACGAUGAUAGUGACAACGCCAGCUCCAGCGACAUCGACGCCAUCGGCUGCCGCAGCGCCCUCGCCCGCCUCACCGACCUCAAUGACAACGCCAGCUCCAGCGACAUCGACGCCAGCGACGUCGACGCCAUCGGCUGCCGCAGCGCCCACGCCCGCCUCACCGACCUCAAGUCAGGAUGGGGCCUCUCGAUACGUCGGAGGCUUCGACAAGCCUUGAAGCUUAAGAUACUGCUGGAGCCGUACUUCGGGCCCAGACGUUCAAGGGAGCGAGAGGGAGGGGGUACUGCGGUGGCAAGCGACGAGCUGAGGCAGCCUCCGACAAACAGACGAACGGACGGACGGACAGACAAAACUUAG